AUGUGGAAACUGAAGCUUUCAGAAGGCAAAGAUCCAUGGCUUACAAGUGUAAAUAAUCACAUUGGAAGACAAUAUUGGGAGUUUGAUCCAAAUCUCGGAACACCAGAAGAGAGAGAUCAAGUGGAAAAAGCUCGUCACGAGUUUCGCAAGAAUCGUUUUCAAUCCAAACAUAGCUCUGAUCUCCUAAUGAGACUUCAGUUUGCAAAAGAGAAAGCAAGUGAAAUGAAGCAAGUACCAGCACAGGUGAAAGUGAGAAGUGAUGAAGAAGAAAUAAGUGAGGAAGCAGUGGGGAUCACACUGAGAAGGGCCUUGAGCUUUUACUCCACUCUGCAGGCUGAGGAUGGUUUCUGGCCUGGUGACUAUGGGGGACCUUUGUUUCUUCUACCUGGCUUGGUUAUUGGCUUAUCUGUAACAGGGGCCCUUCAUGCAAUCUUGCCGCAUGAGCAUCAACAGGAGAUCUGGCGCUAUCUGUACAACCAUCAGAAUAUAGAUGGAGGUUGGGGAUUGCAUAUAGAAGGCCCCAGCACAAUGUUCUGUACAGCUCUGUCCUAUGUCACUUUGAGAUUGCUUGGAGAGGAAAUGGACGGUGGUGAUGGCGCCAUGGAUCGGGCAAGAAAAUGGAUUCUUGAUCGUGGUGGGGUUACCUUCAUUCCAUCAUGGGGAAAGAUGUGGCUUUCAGUCCUUGGUGUCUACGAAUGGAGUGGAAACAAUCCACUGCCACCGGAGUUGUGGCUUUUACCUUACUCUCUCCCAAUACACCCAGGUCGAAUGUGGUGUCACUGCAGGAUGGUUUAUCUGCCCAUGUCAUAUUUAUAUGACCAAGCAAGAAAUCUAUGCGCUAAGGAGGACUUGUAUUAUCCACAUCCCAUUUUGCAGGACAUCUUGUGGGGGAGUCUUCAAAAGGUCGGGGAGCCUCUUCUCAUGAAAUGGCCAUUCUCAAGGCUAAGGCAAAAGGCUCUCCGCACUGUAAUGCAGCACAUACACUACGAGGAUGAAAACACUCAGUAUAUUUGCAUUGGACCUGUCAAUAAGGUACUAAACAUGAUUUGUUGUUGGUUGGAGGAUCCAAAUUCAAAAGCAUACAAGAACCAUCUUUCAAGAAUCAAAGAUUAUCUUUGGGUUGCAGAAGAUGGAAUGAAAAUGCAGGGAUACAAUGGAUCUCAGUUUUGGGAUGUUGCUUUGGCUGUGCAAGCAAUCCUUGCAACCAACCUUGUCAAUGAAUCUGGUUUUGUGCUUCAGAAGGCGCACAAUUUCAUAAAAAACACACAAGUUAAGACAAACAGCUCUGGCAAUCUUAGUUAUUGGUACCGCCACAUUUCGAAAGGUGGAUGGCCGUUCUCUACUUCAGACAAUGGUUGGCCUGUCUCAGAUUGUACGGCAGAAGGUUUGAAGGCGGCACUCUUACUAUCACUUAUGCCGUCUGAAAUUGUGGGAGAAGCCAUGCAAGCGGAUCAACUAUAUGAUGCUGUAAAUGUGAUAUUAUCCCUACAGAACAGUACUGGAGGAUUUGCAUCGUAUGAACUCACAAGAUCCUACGCCUGGUUGGAGAUGAUCAAUCCAGCUGAAACAUUUGGAGACAUCAUUAUUGAUUAUCAGUACGUGGAAUGCACAUCAGCAGCAAUUGAAGGCCUUAAAUCAUUCAUGAAAUUAUAUCCAGGACAUAGGAGGAAAGAAAUUGAAGCAUGUAUUGCAAAGGCAAUUAAAUUCAUCGAGAGCAUACAACUACCUGAUGGCUCAUGGUAUGGGUCUUGGGGAGUCUGCUACACCUAUGGAACAUGGUUUGGGAUAAAGGGGUUAGUGGCUGGCGGUAAGAACUACCAUACUAGCCAUAGCAUUAGAAGAGCAUGUGAUUUCUUACUGUCCAAACAACUUGGUUCGGGCGGCUGGGGAGAGAGCUACCUAUCAUGCCAAAACAAGGUAUACACAAAUCUCGAAGGGAACAAACCACACAUGGUGAAUACUGGAUGGGCAAUGUUGGGUCUGAUUGAAGCAGGCCAGGCUGAGAGGGAUCCGAUCCCCUUGCAUCGUGCAGCAAAGCUGUUGAUUAAUUCACAGAUGGAAAAUGGAGAUUUCCCACAACAGCAAAUCAUGGGAGUCUUCAAUAAAAAUUGCAUGAUCAGUUAUUCUGCAUACAGAAAUAUCUUCCCCAUAUGGGCACUUGGAGAAUAUCGCAAUCGGGUAUUGGCAUUGCUACCUUAUAAAUGUAUAAAUCAAAUUACCAGAAAAUGAGUGUUUAAAUGAUCAUGUACAAACAAUCAUGUGUUUUAUUGGCUUUUGUCGUUUCCUUUCU